AUGAACAGAGGAUUAUCAUUGAGGCAAGCGCAACGAUCAGAGGAGCGCAACGAACAGAGGAUUAUCGUUGAAGUCCUGUAUUAUAUAAAAAAUGUGAAGUUUAAAACCAAAGCUAUGGAGGAAGUGUUUUUUGAUAUUAAUGGUGAUCCACCAGCUGUAUUUGAUAUUUUAAAUCAGCAGAUUUCAAGUGAUGGUGUUCUUAAAUGUGUUAAAGUUGGCAACUAUGAUUCACGAUUUCCUGCUGGAAAAGAAAUUGUAAUAAACGAGAGUGUCAUCAAAUGGAAUGGAGCCUUCUCUGGAGUUCCACGCUCUGUGUGCAGUGAGAGCUGCUCUCCAGGAUAUCGUAAGUCAGCUCGGAAUGGUUGGCCAGUCUGUUGCUUUGACUGUGUCCUGUGUUCUGAUGGAGAAUUUACUAAUCAAACAGAUUGUGCUGCUUGUAUGAAGUGCCCAGAAGAUCAAUGGUCCAAUGAAAUCCGCACUAGAUGCAUCCCUCGAAUUAUUGAAUUUCUGUCAUAUAGUGACCCCUUAGGAAUAACAUUGUUUGCUAUAUCCAUGUUUUGCUCAUCAAUUACUAUGGUAGUACUGCAUAUAUUCAUAAAAUACCGGGAAACUCCAAUAGUCAAGGCCAACAACCGUACGCUCAGUUACUUCCUUUUAUUUUCAAUAAUGCUGUGUUUCUUAUGUGCUCUAAUAUUCAUUGGAAAUCCAGUGACAUCAACCUGUAUGCUUCGACAAGGGGUCUUCAGCAUUAUUUUCUCUUUCUGUAUUGCCUGUGUUCUUGCAAAGACUAUCAUUGUUGUCAUUGCCUUCAGUGCUACAAAACCAGACAGUAAGUUAAGGAAAUGUGUUGGAGCCCAGAUCCCCAUUUGUGUAAUUGUUUUUAGCACAUUAAUUCAAAUUCUGAUCUGUAUAGUAUGGCUUGUUACCUCACCACCAUUUGUAGAACGUAACAUGAAAGCCACAAAAGAAAAGAUAAUGAUUGAAUGUAAUGAGGGUUCAAUAGUCAUGUUUUACUGUAUGCUGGCUUAUUUAGGCAUUUUGGCAAGUGCAAGCUUCAUCAUUGCAUUCCUAGCAAGAAACCUGCCUGGCAGUUUCAAUGAAGCAAAAUACAUAACAUUUAGCAUGCUGGCUUUUGUUAGUGUUUGGGUAUCAUUUAUACCAGCAUACCUCAGCACAAAGGGAAUAUACUUGGUUGCUGUGGAGAUAUUUGCCAUUUUGUCAUCAAGUGCAGGAAUGCUUGGUUGUAUAUUUGCUCCGAAGUGCUAUAUUAUUAUACUGAGACCUGACAUGAAUACAAAGGAAUAUUUAAUGGGAAAGUUGUAA